AUGCAAGUGUUUCUUAUGUUGGAGUACGCUAGUAUUUUCAUUGAAUAUACAGCAAAUAAACGAGGGAAGAAAAAUAAAUACAGCCAGCUGUGUGUCCAAAAAAGUAAUGCUGCAGGAUUGAAAACCAACAUAUGCAACAAAUUCAUGGGCUUGAAGGAUCACUCCGUGCAUGAGAACGACACUGUUCCGGGUCGAGAGCCUCUCAAUGUGGAGAACACUGACAAACCGCUAAGUGUGAUUACACCUUGGCCAAUGGUGGAAUCAACCACAUUGGAUAAAAUCUACUCUAGUAUGGAGAAUGUUAGGGAAUGGGCAAUGCAAAGCACAGACGGCACAAGUUCAGACAGUGAAUCUGAGCAUUUGGGAUCUGCCAUUCUAGAGACUGCUGCAGUAAACAGAACCCACCGACAGCUCUGUAGGUCACCUGGUUUGGAGUCCAAUUUACUAAAAUGCAAUGCGAUUCUGCAGGAUAUGAAAACUGAUGCUCAAACAAAACCAAAGGAAGAUUUGAAAUCCACAGAUGAAGACAAAGAUUAUCAAACUAAAAUGGAGUUUGCACUGAAGUUAGGAUAUUCAGAAGAACAAGUACAGCUUGUCCUGAACAAAUUAGGGACAGAUGCUUUACCAAAUGACAUACUGGGUGAACUUGUUAAAUUGGGGAACAAACUUGACUCUGAUCUUGCCUCAUGUGGAACUGGUAACUCUGGGACUGUAACUCCACGAGAUAUGACCUCAACAGAUUCGCAAAGGUCUGAUUCUCCUGUGGAAGAUCUAGCGGAUGAUAGUGAUAACUUAAAACCUAUGGUCAUUGAUGGCAGUAACGUGGCAAUGAGUCAUGGUAACAAGGAAGUGUUUUCCUGCCGAGGGAUUAAACUAGCAGUGGACUGGUUUUUGGAAAGAGGCCACAAAGAUAUUACUGUGUUUGUGCCUGCCUGGAGGAAGGAACAGUCUAGGCCAGAUGCCCUCAUCACAGAUCAAGAAAUCCUGCGCAAGUUGGAAAAGGAGAAGAUUCUUGUCUUCACACCAUCCCGUCGAGUUCAAGGACGAAGAGUAGUUUGUUAUGAUGAUCGCUUCAUAGUGAAAUUGGCUUAUGAAUCGGAUGGUAUAAUUGUAUCAAAUGAUAACUACAGGGACUUGCAGAAUGAGAAGCCAGAAUGGAAAAAAUUUAUAGAUGAGCGUUUACUUAUGUAUUCAUUUGUAAAUGACAAGUUUAUGCCACCCGAUGACCCUUUGGGCCGCCAUGGGCCUAGCUUAGAUAACUUUCUGCGGAAGCGACCUGUUUUACCAGAACACAAGAAACAGCCGUGUCCAUAUGGAAAGAAGUGCACGUAUGGCCAUAAAUGUAAAUAUUACCAUCCAGAACGGGGUACACAGCCACAGCGUUCUGUGGCUGAUGAGCUGCGUGCCAUCGCAAAGAACUCGACAACUAAAACCACUAAUGAAGGCGGCUUAGUGAAGAGCAACAGUGUUCCAACUAAUACGAAGACUGAGGGCAUGUCUGACGUCAAACGUACAGCUCCUAAAAGACAGUCGGACCCAAGUAUACGAACUCCUCUUUAUAAUGAGGUCGAAGAGAAACUUUCCAAUAAAACCAGAUUGGAAACUAGGUCUGUGCCUUCCCUCGUUGGUGCAUCAAAUCCCUCAGCUGCAAAGUAUGGUGGUGGGGCAUCUAGUUCUGGAAUGCACUUUCUUCCACAAGAACAGGGGAUUCCAACACCAUAUGCACCUGUUAUGUCAACCAACAACCAUGGAGCACAUAUGUCCUACAGCAGCCAGCACCCAAAAUGUGAAUCUCCAGUUGAUGUAGACUAUUACUCCAUGGUCAAUGCGUACUCUAAUCUUAGUUUUUCUAGUACACAAAGUCCUGACCGGUUCGCUAUAGAUAAGGAAUACAGAAUGAACCAUAUGGGUUCUGAUUGUAGCAGUGAAGGGAGUAUAAGUUGUGGUAGCAGUGAUUCCUAUGUUGGGUACAAUGAACGAGCUUACCCAAGUUCUCCAGAUACAAUGCUCGAGGAAAACCUCAAGUCUCACCAGUUUCACACCCGACAUCAGCCUUUUAUCCAGGGUUAUCAUGAUAGUCUAACAAGAGUGCAGAGUUAUAGUCAUGAAGAACAAAAACCACAACACAAAACCCCAGUCUCGUACAUAGCUUCACAUUUGCAGCAUCCAGUAGUUGGAGCUCGCUCCAGCUGUCCUGGUGAAUAUCCUGCACCACAGAACACCCAACAUCCACAGAAUAUGCACAUGGCAAGGGCACUGGGAACAACGAGGAUAGAAAGCUUCUCAGACUCUCGGUUGUAUGAAAAUAUGCCAAUGAGACCGAGGAAACCUUAUGUAAGUCAAGAAAGAUUUAACUGGGACUGGCAUGGUUAUGGGAUGGAUGCUUACGGUUAUCCACCAGGAUAUUCAUUACCUAACAACCCCACUCAGCCAUGUUAUGAUCAAUUUACAUUCCAAAGCCUACCUGAAAAAAGGGAGCAGACCUGGAGGAUGCCAUGGAGCGGUCUCCCUCCUGAACCAUCAAAUCAGCAAAGGUUCCAAGAAGCCCGCGACCAGGUUUUCAUAAAUUUGUGCAACAUAUUUCCCGCUGAUCUUGUACGGAUGGUAAUGAAAAGGAAUCCCCACACCAUCGAUGCCCAGCAACUUGCCGCGGCUAUUUUAGUAGAAAAGUCAAAAUUGGGUUAUUGACAUGAAAUGCGUCAGCCUGGUGUCAUUCUUAUUUCUCAGCUGAUCGCUGGUAUCGUUUGCUACAAUAGCAUUUCUGAGAUCCUUCACAGCAAGAAGAUCAUCUAGAAGAGUAACGUGUAAUGAAAUGCUCUGUAGCAAAGGGGAAUUUAUUUUGUGUUUUUAACUUGAAAGUG